AUGUCGGCGCCGCCAGAACCUCCGCCAAGCUAUGACCAGGCCACAGGCUCAUCCACCACAGCAUCCUCCAAACCUCAGAAAUCAUCACAUCUAGAAGUGCCCUCGGCAAAAAAUGGAAUCCCAACUGAAGUCCGUCGCUCCAUGGAGGACCUCCAGAGACCUCUCCCCGAAGGAUGGGUGAGGCAAUACGAUCCCAAGGAGAACCACCAGUUCUUCGUAAAUACCAACGUCGACCCACCGAAGUCAUAUUGGGAGCAUCCUUUGGAUAUCCCUGAAGUCCUGAAGAGCCUGAGUAGCGAAGAGCGUGAAAGACUGCAAGAAGAAGAGGACAGGAUGAGAAAGCAGGCAGCACAUACCCCAGAUCACUCUGAAGAUGAACACUUCCCGCCAGAACUCCCCGCACGACCUUCGUCCUCACAACAAGCGGCCGCCCAAAAGAAGAGCUUCGGCGAAAAGCUAAAGGACAAAGUCACCGGUACAACACACGAAGAACGUGUACGCAGUCGCGCUCAACGAGCAGAAGAAGAGAGACAAUAUUACGAAGCACACAUAAAAUUGCGACAAGCAAUGCAGCGAGCACAAAUGACAGGUCAACCUCAAUUCUUCGCCAAGGACAGAGACGGCAAGAACGUCUACAUUGAGCCUCCUGGGGGUCCAGGCUAUGGAUAUGGCGGAUAUGGACCAGGUGGUUAUGGCGUUAAUCCAUACGCAAGCGGACCGUACGCAGAUCCCAACGCCAGAUUUAUUCGACCCGGUUACCCCUACAAUCGUCCAUACGGUGCUUAUCCAGGCGGAGGCUAUGGAUUACCCAUUGCUGGUGGUUUGCUCGGAGGGUUAUUGCUCGGUGGGUUAUUGUUCUAA